UCCAUUAUCCUCAACUCACCACAACUUUGGCAUUUCAAAGCUCUCAGACUAGAAGAACGAUUUCGCAUUUCUUCUUCCUCAUUCCAGCACAGAGAAAAUGAUCAGCACAAAGAAACUGCUCAAGAUUGCAAGAAAAUGGCGGAGAGUAGCUGCCAUGAGUAGGAAGAGAAUCCCAUUUCCGAAAGUUGGUGGACACGAGGAACUGCAGCUCGCUGAUAGAGGCCACUGUGCUGUCUACACGGUCGACCAAAAGCGGUUCGUGUUUCCGAUACGGUUCUUGAACAAUUGCAUCAUUCAGGAGCUGUUCAGAUUAUCCAAGGAAGAGUUCGGACUGCCGAGGGACGGACCCAUCACUUUGCCAUGUGAGGCUGCAUUCAUGGAUUAUAUAGUUUCAAUGAUCCAGCGGCAUACUAAUGCAGACAUCGAGAAAGCUCUCAUCCUGUCUAUUGCAACCAAUACAUGCUCAUCAUCUUACUCUCUCCAGCACCGUCAGACCGUGCAACAAUUGCUAGUCUGUAGCCAUUGAUGCUUUGUGUACUUUACUCUUUUCUUCUUUUGAGGCCUUAGAAUGUAUAUAAUGAGAAAAUUGCAGCAAAAAUUGCAGUUCCUAAUCUGUAUUCCAACAGAGUCUAAUGAAUACAUAUGUUUAACUCCAA